AGCUGAGCCACCACCUCCCGCCCAGGCCGAAUGAAGAUGCACAAUUUGGAUUGGAGGGGAAGGGUCAGGAGCUGCUGACCUUUGGGCUCAGGCCCAGGCCGCUGGCCACAGUAGCUCUUGGUCCAGUCGGCGCCGGAGGUGUAUCAAGCGCUCAUCCCGCCCUCUCCAGUCAUGGGUGCGGGGUCCUGGGCGCUGACCCUCUUCGGCUUCUCCGCGUUUCGGGUCCCGGGCCAGCCGCGGUCCACCUGGCUCGGCGUCGCCGCGCUGGGACUGGCCGCGGUGGCCCUGGGGACAGUGGCCUGGCGUCGUGCGCGUCCCCGGCGACGCCGGCGGCUACAGCAAGUGGGAACGGUGGCACAGCUCUGGAUCUACCCAAUCAAGUCCUGCAAGGGGUUGUCGGUGAGCGAGGCAGAGUGCACUGCCAUGGGGCUGCGCUAUGGCCACCUGCGCGACAGGUUUUGGCUCGUGAUCAAUGAAGAGGGGAACAUGGUCACUGCCCGGCAGGAGCCUCGAUUGGUCCUGAUUUCUCUGACCUGUGAGGACGACACCUUGACUCUCAGUGCAGCUUACACAAAGGACCUGCUGCUGCCUAUCACCCCGCCUGCCACAAACCCACUCCUCCAGUGCAGAGUGCAUGGCCUGGAGAUACAGGGCAGGGAUUGUGGAGAGGAUGCAGCUCAGUGGGUCAGCAGCUUCUUGAAGAUGCAGUCCUGUCGCCUGGUGCACUUCGAGCCGCACAUGCGCCCCAGAAGUUCUCGGCAAAUGAAGGCUGUGUUCCGGACCAAGGACCAGGUGGCCUACUCAGAUGCAAGUCCAUUCUUGGUCCUUUCUGAGGCAUCCUUGGAAGAUCUCAACUCCAGGCUGGAGCGCAGAGUGAAAGCGACAAACUUCAGGCCUAACAUUGUCAUCUCGGGAUGUGGCGUUUAUGCUGAGGAUUCUUGGAACGAGGUUCUCAUUGGAGAUGUGGAACUGAAACGGGUGAUGGCUUGUACCCGGUGCCUUUUAACAACAGUGGAUCCAGACACUGGCAUCUCGGACAGGAAGGAGCCUCUGGAAACACUGAAGAGCUACCGCCUGUGUGACCCUUCCGAGCAAGCACUAUAUGGAAAGUUACCCAUCUUUGGACAAUACUUCGCUCUGGAAAAUCCAGGGACAAUCAGAGUGGGAGACCCUGUGUACCUCCUGGGCCAGUGAUGGGAACUGUUCGUUCUGGAAGAACAGAUGGCUCUUAAAAAAAAACUUUUACAAACAGACAUCGCUUGAAACAGUUCUUCAGCCUGUUCUUUGGAUCGGCCAGUUCCAAGUUUCUCUUCUUUCAGAUUUCCGUCUGUUUCAAUGUUUCCUGGGGCCAGCCCACAAAGCAGGCAAAUACAGCUUUGCGAACUUAGCAGGUCCCUGUUAUGUUUCUUGUAGAAUGAAGGGAUUAUCAUAUUGCCCUGUUUAUAAAUACGGAGUAAUCCUUCUACGUCGGAAUUCACUUGCCAAGACAUCAUCUCCCUAGCCUUCUUUUGGGAAAGAGAAGAAAAAGGGAGGGACACUGUGUAAGCCAGAAGAAUGUUCCAGAAUGUUCUGUUACCCCUGGACAUGGUGCAUACAACGGGAAUUAAAUACUCUCCCAAGUAAAGUUGGAAUGACGGCUUUUACUUUUCUCCUUGAGCCCAGGCUUUGGAAAGAGUUUAAAGAGCAAGCCCUAAAGAUAUUGGAUGCUGUUGCUUACUGACAGUGUGAAGUUUGACAGACCCUUUAGCCCAAGAACACGAAGUGUCAGGGUCAAAGCCAGCUCUCUACAGCAUCCAGACGGGCUCUCAGCUCUGUGAAAAAGGUGUUUCCACUCUUGAAGCAAAGUGUUGAUGCGCCUCACUAAAGGAUUCAAGAUCGUUCCUAGCAUGUGGGGACAGAUAGUGACACCAGAGAGGGAGAUACCUCCGCCUGGGUGUCUAAGAUGAGAUUUGAUCUUGCCCAGGAAAAUGGUGGCUCUCUUAAUAUGAGCAAAAUGAAAUGGUGGCGCCCCCUAGUGGUAGUGAAUGGUAGGUCGGCCCACCUUGAGAAAAAUUUAAAAAGGGGAAAAACAAAACAAAACAAAACCAAAGCAAUCUUGUGCUUGUUGUUUAGUUUUAAAUUUUAAAACGUUUUAAAAACUGA